CAACGCGCUUCGCCAGACACACACACACACACACAAACAUCGUCCUAGAUUUCCGAUUUAUCUUCCCGGAUCGUUUGCAGAGAGACGGCAAAUCCUCUGCUCCCUGCUCCCUGCCUCCUCCUCCCCCUCGCUCCUCCUCCCACCUCCUCCCACCUUCUGGCUGUUCCUCGCAGCGGCGGCGAGGAGAGGAGAGGAGAGGAGAGUUAGCCAGCGCUGUCCGCUCCGCUCAGUUACGCUCCCGGGACCCGGCUCUCUCGCUCGAUUUAACGGGGUCACAUCUUUCCUUUGCCCACUCCCCCCUCUUUCCCCUCCCGGCCGACCGACCGUCUUGCCCGUGUCCCAGCCCGCUGUGAAGUAGGAGAUGCUGCCAUCGUGUUUAUUGCGAAAUUCACCAUUUGGACCGAGCACUGCAUCUCGCUAAAGGUUAUCCAUCAUUUCGAGGCACUGAGCGAGCCUGAGAGUGAAGUUUUUUACAACUGGUUGGAAGGAUUGCCGUGCAGUCUCCCUGAUUACACCGCUCCCCCUCUGAGAGCGAUGCACUGACCUCAUUGUGGGACUGAAGAAGCAGUUAAAGGCUUCAGUUAUUUCCCCAACAGAGUUCUCCUGGGAAAUCAACAGAGGAGUGUCCAUUGCCUGCCAUUGCUUUGACCGCGCCUGUCUUUUAACAGUGGAAUAAAUUGUGGUCAGACCAUGCCCCUGUAGUCCAUCGGAUGAAGUCUAGUGUGUAGGGAAGGUGGCUGAUGGACAGUUUUGGGAAUAACUCAACCUUCUUUCAAGGAGCCAAGGACAUUGCCAACCAGGCCAAGCAGCAGGGGAGGAUGCAGGACUCUUACGGCCGAUACGAAGGUGGAGGGGAGUACGCCUCGCACGACGGGGGUUAUUACCACAGCGGGGACACUCACGGGCAGGAGGACGCCGACAGCGAUGCCACGGAAGGGCAUGACGAAGACGAUGAGAUCUACGAGGGGGAGUACCAGGGCAUCCCCCACCCCGAUGACAUUAAGUCCAGAGGGAUGGCAGCAAGUCAGCCCAUGCCAGAUGAGUACAGGGACCAGGCUGAACUAAUGGCGGAGCGUAUGAAGGACGAGGAACAACUGGCGCACCAGUACGAGUCCAUCAUCGAGGAGUGCGGGCACGGACGCUUCCAAUGGACACUUUUCUUUGUCUUAGGCUUGGCCCUAAUGGCCGAUGGAGUGGAGGUGUUUGUGGUUGGCUUUGCGCUCCCAACGGCAGAACAGGACAUGUGCAUGUCUAACUCCAAUAAAGGAAUGCUCGGGUUAAUAGUGUAUUUGGGAAUGAUGUUUGGAGCCUUCAUCUGGGGUGGCCUGGCAGACAAAAUGGGCAGGAGGUAUUGUCUCAUCAUCGCCUUGAGCAUCAAUGGAGUCUUUAUUAUCUUCUCAUCCUUUGUCCAAGGUUAUGGCAUCUUCUUGUUCUGCCGGCUGCUUUCGGGAGUUGGUAUUGGUGGCUCCAUCCCCAUCGUCUUUGCCUACUUCUCUGAAUUCCUGUCUCGUGAGAAGCGCGGGGAACACCUCAGUUGGCUCUGCAUGUUCUGGAUGAUUGGUGGGAUCUACGCAUCAGUGAUGGCCUGGACCAUCAUCCCACAUUACGGCUGGGGAUUCAGCAUGGGUUCAUCUUUCCAAUUCCACAGUUGGCGCCUGUUUGUCGUUGUGUGUGCUCUGCCUUCCCUCUCUUCCCUCCUUGGUCUUAUGUUCAUGCCGGAGAGCCCACGCUACUUACUGGAGGUCGGGAAGCACGAUGAAGCCUGGAUGGUUUUAAAGAAGAUUUAUGACACAAACAUGAGAGCUAAGGGUCAUCCAGAGGCCGUCUUCACGGUCUCCCAUAUAAAAACCCCGAUGCAAAUGGAUGAAUUCAUUGAGAUUCAGAGCUCAACUGGAACUUGGUUUCAGCGCUGGCUGGUCAGGAUUACGACUGUGGUGAAGCAGAUCUGGCAGAACAUGUUGCUUUGCUUUUUACCCAAAUACCGGAUGACAACUCUAUUCUUGGCAGUGGUUUGGUUUACCUUGUCCUUCAGCUACUACGGACUGACUGUGUGGUUCCCCGACAUGAUCAAGUACUAUCAAAAUGAAGACUAUGAAUCGAGAAUGAAGACCUUCCACCAGGAGCGGGUUGAGCACUUCACAUUCAACUUCACACUGGAGAACCAGUUUCACAUAGAGGGAGAGUACAUCAAUGUCAGAUUCAUUGCGAUCAAAUUUAAAUCUAUUACCUUUGAGGACUCCCUGUUUGAGGAUUGCUACUUUGAAGACAUUUCAUCGAUCAACACUCACUUCAAGAAUUGUACCUUUGUGAGCACAGUCUUCUAUAACACAGAUCUGUUCAAGACUAGGUUUUCCCACAGCAGAUUUGUAAACAGCACGUUCCUCCACAGCAAGGAAGGAUGUCAGAUUGACUUCGCCGACGACGCUGAAACUGCCUUCCUCACAUACCUGGUCAGUUUCCUGGGCUCGCUGGCUGUGUUGCCUGGGAACAUUGUAUCUGCCCUGUUCAUGGACAAGAUCGGAAGGAUUAAGAUGAUUGGUGGAUCAAUGUUGCUGUCGGCCAUCACCUGCUUCUUCCUGUUUUUUGGGGACAGUGAGUCGGCCAUGAUCGGAAUGCAGUGUCUGUUCUGUGGGGUCAGUAUAGCAGCGUGGAAUGCACUGGAUGUGAUCACCGUGGAGCUGUACUCUACAGAUAAAAGGGCAACUGCAUUUGGAAUCCUGAACGGCCUCUCCAAGUUUGCCGCGAUCCUGGGCAUAUCGAUAUUCGCCUCUUUCGUGGAGAUAACUAAGGUGGUCCCCAUCUUGUUGGCCUCUGUUGCAUUAGUGGGAGGUGCCGUGCUUGGUCUUCGGCUUCCCGAGACCCGGGAGCAGGUUCUGAUGUGAGGGGCCCUCCACCACGUUCUGGACCCAUAGUAUAUGCACAGUUGCUAACCACUACCCUUACAGCCUGAAGCAUCCACUCCACCAUCUGUGCUUUCUGAGCCUGGACAUACUUGUGGUAUCUGCACACGCAAUGCGGUUUCAUAUAGCUACUUAACAUGUAUUGACAGAAGUCGUCCUGUACACAUACUCAUCAGGCUGGGAUGGGGGAAGGUUGGGCACCGUCACUAGUGUUUUCAUUGUUCAGUGUUGCACCCCCUUACUUUGACGUUCUCUCUCUUUGUUAAUCGCACACCCUGCACACAUCCCGAUUGGCCCCGUGGAAGGGUCAGUCCUCACCUCUUGGUUUAUGGGUCCACCAAUGGAAGUUCAGCCAUACACACUUCAUGCCAACUCAGUGAGGUGUUGAAGUCUUGGAGGAGAUGCACCCAUGCUCCUCCCCACUGCAAACUGCAACUAGCAGAUUUAAACCUGACCUCCAGUGCCGUAUGUGUGGAGUUUACAUGUCCUCCAUGCGUCAUAAGUGAUAGGAGCAGAAUUGGGCCAUUCGGCCCAUCAAGUCAACUCCACCAUUCAAUUAUGGCUGAUCUAUCUCCCUCUCCUAACCUCAUUCUCCUGCCUUCUCCCCAUAACCCCUAUGUGGGUUUCCAUACUAUCAGGCCAUACUAUUUCCUCUGCCUUUCCAAAGACAUGCGGGUCGGUAGGUUAAUUGACCGCGGUAGAUUGCCCCUGGUGUGUAGGUGAGUGGUGAAUGGGGGCUGCUGAUGGGAAUAGCUUAUGAGGACAUGAGGAGAGAGAAAGUAGAUUUAGUGGAGUUGGGAGCCUGGUGGAUAGCAUUGACUCAAUAGGCCGAAGGGUCUCUUUCCAUGCUGCAUGACUAGAUGUAAAGUUGUUAUAAUAUGCUGUUGCAAUAGUGAACCUCUGGAAGUAAUGAUGCUCUCUCUGCCGCCCUGCCUGCAGACAACAGUGUGAGAAAGAAGCUCUGCCUGACACCAAUGAGUGAGGUUGUGCCUGAUUGACUGAUUAGACUUGCACCCAGAUCAAUAGAUGUUUCCCCCUUCAACCCCCACUCUGAUUGAUGCUGAUGCUGGAAUCUGCUUUAUCAUGCUGAAUGUCGACACAGGAACUGCAGAUGCUGGUUUACCAGAAAGGCACAAAGUGCUGGAAUAACUCAAAGGAUCAGGCAGCAUCUCUGGAGAACAUGGAUAGGUGACGUUUCGGGUCGGUACGCUCUGACAGUCUGAAGAGGGUCUCGACUUGAAACGUCACCUACCCAUGUUCUCCGGGGAUAUUGCCUGACCUGUUGAGUUACUCCAGCACUCUGUGUCUUAUCAUGCUGAAUUAUAGGUUUAAGGUCACAUUCCAAUGUUACAGUGCAGGGUUCAAUGCUGACUUUUGGAAGAUUGUUAAGCCAGGGUCUUGUAUGCUUUUCACGUGGACAUGGAUAGAAGCCGAGCAGCACAUUCUCUCAAUAUCCUCCAAAUAAGACCACCAACCUGUUCACUGGUCAGUGAAAUCCUUGCUGUUUGUGGGCAUACUGCACAGCGAAUAUCUAUCUACAUGAGAUGACCAACAGCUCCAGCGAAAAGGCUUUAACACGCCUCGAUGGUUGCGUGACCAUUGCAUAAAAUCAGGUGUCAUUCUGUUGUGCAUCAGUUCCCACAUCGACGCAUUAUUGAUCUUUGGUUCCAACAUCACAUUGAAACCUGUUACAAAGACUGGCUUCCAAAUUAGACCCAAUCAAACCUGUCUUUAGUGCUUCUGUCAUCAUAACACAAGUUUUGCGUCGGGUUUCAGGUGUUUGUACCCAUUUAUUGGUAAAGUAUCAUCUGUCUAGAAAUUGGACAGGGCGCUUCCUAUCACAACUCACCCCUUGCAGUUUACAUUUCCUGCAUGCUUUGCACAUGCAUAUCAUCAACAUGUCCAUUUGAAUUGCCUAAUGACAGAGCACGAGACUGCAAAUUAUGGUCUCAGAAACACAGAAACACAGAAAUUAGGUGCGGGAGUAGGCCAUUCGGCCCUUCGAGCCUGCACCGCCAUUCAAUAUGAUCAUGGCUGAUCAUCCAACUCAGUAUCCCUGCCCUGCCUUCUCUCCAUACCCUCUGAUCACCUUAGCCACAAGGGCCACAUCUAACUCCCUCUUAAAUAUAGCCAAUGAACUGGUCUCGACUACCCUCUGUGGCAGAGUGUUCCAGAGAUUCACCACUCUCUGUGUGAAAAAAGUGUGUUUGUGUUUAUCUUCAUGGGAUAAACCAUGGUGUCCCCAUGCGGGAAGUGGUGGAAUAUUCACAAUGCAAAAAAAACCCUGACAUUACCUUAACAUAGAAAAGACUUCUCCACCUAUUUUGAUCAAUGCAUUGGAUUUGGCAGUUCUCUGUGAAGUUGGAAGGACCUGUGAACCGAGAACAUAUCAGUGAUCGGUGGCAUUGGGAUCAGCUAGACUCAUGGGGCAUCGUCGGGUGAGGUGGGUAGGUGUCUGACCAGUAAUUCCUCCUCAUAUCCUUUCCAAAAGUGCAAUACAUUCUUUGUGUUUCCAGGCAUGCUAUACCUGACCAUGAAGCACUCACAACUCACCAUGCGAUGGGCAGAAAAUAAUGUACCAUCUCUCACCUUGAUAAAAUGAAACCCAAAUAAACCACGCACACACCAUCCUGACUUGUAACUAUCCCGCUGUUCCUUCACUGUCACUGGGUCCAAAUCCUGGAAUUCCCUGCCUAACAACACAAGGAUAUUGCCAGGAUUAGAUGGUCUGAGCUACAGGUAUAGGGAGAGGCUUAGUAGGCUGGGAUUCUAUUCCUUGAAGUGUAGAAAGAUGAGGGAUGAUCUUAUAGAGGUGUUUAAGGAAUAGAUCGGGUAGAUGCACAUGUGAGGAAUAGAUUGGGUAGAUGCACAGAGUCUCUAGCCCAGCGUAGGUAAAUCGAGGACCAGGGGACAUGGGUUUAAGGUGAAGGGGAAAAGAUUGAAUAGGAAUCUGAGGGUAGAUUUUUCGCACAUAGGGUGGUGGGUGUACAUAACAAGCUGCCAGAGGAAGUAGUUGAGGCAGGGACUAUCCCAACAUUUAAGAAACAGUUAGACAGGUACAUGGAUAGGACAGGUUUGGAGGGAUAUGGGCAAAACGCAGGCAGGUGGGAGUUUGGGUAGGGCUAGUGUAGCUGACCGAUGUGGGCAAGUUGGGUCGAAGGGCCUGUUUCCACACUGUAUCACUCUAUGACUAGGCCAAAUAUAUAUAUAUACUGUAUACAUCACAUUAAAAUAACAUAUAACAUUUACUAGCUCAGAUGGUAAUACAGUUUCUAAUCUAUAAAACAAAGACUGCAAUGGUUCAAGAAAUCCUCAUCACCACUUUAUCAAGGGUAAUGAGAGAUGUCAACAAAUGCUGGUAUCGCUACUGAUGCAGUCAUUUAAAACAAAACAUUAUUACAAAAGCAAAGAAUGAGGCCAUUCACUCCAUCAUCUUCAUGACAGCUCGUUAGGCCUAGCUCAUGACUCAUCCCUUUCCACUGAACCUCUCGAGUAUUUUAUUCUUAAGCACAUAUUCAAUUUUCUGCCUUGAAAAGAUUAUUGUGUUGAAAUUGAAAAAUUCAUUCCACGCAGUGUCUGUAGUGCAGAUGCCAAGAACCAACUGAAAGUCACAAUUUUUAUUCUAAUAAUUACACUCUGACAAGAAAUAUCCCUCUCCAAAGUAAUAAUAAGAGUCAUUUAUCAUUCAUGACCCAUUAAUAUUUAUCAGACGCCGUCUAACCGUAAACAUCGUCAAAUGUUUUUCAUCCUGUGAACUCUGGAUUGUCAGUGCGUUCAGUCUGUUUACCGAUUGUUUCCGCAGCCUGUCAGCUACUGAAUACUAAAACGGUAAACCAUCUUUAGAAUGCUCAGCGGGAACAGUCAGCAGUUGGAAGAGAAUCAAAGCCGAGUGGUUUUGGGUGUGAAUCCUUUUCCAGAACUGCAUCCAAACCUUUCUUGUCAUCUUUCCAUCUGCCUUUGUAGAAAUUAGAGCCUUUAUAUCACACUUGCCACAACGCCAAAAACAUUCCAGUCGACUGAUUUAUUUACUCCUGAGAUGUGGAUAAACCAAAUGUUUUUUUUUUAUGCCUCGUUGUCACCUUCACCUCAGCCAACAAUGAACUAUUCUACAUUUACUUGCUUUGACCUGACCUUCUCACACCUUACCCUUCCAUAUCUCCAGUUUGCCUCUCCCCUGACUCUCAGUCUGAAGA